GGGCGAGGCAGCUUGUCCAGAGAGGCAGAUAAUUCCCAAACAGAAGACCCCCAAGGCAGAGGGUCCUGGGGCUGGUCUCCUGGCCCCCAGGAGGUUGUUCGGAGCUUACCCCGUGGACGGAUUGGAAGGUGGCCCUCCUUCCCCGCAAGGAUCAAGAGGGAGUGGGAAUUGACGGGAAGGCAAUCUGGCCAGGAGAAGCUGCGAGGGAGACUCCCGCCAUCCCCAGUCCCACCAUAUGAGCCCCGCGGCCUCUUCCUCCUUGGAGACGGCCAGGUGUGUCCCAUGGUCCCGGGAAGUGCAGAGGAGGGGGUGGCGUCUUCGCUCUUCAUGCACUGGCCUGGCCCAGAAGGGACAGAAAGCCAGGACGCCGGGGAUUGUCUCUGGCAACCGCAGCCCAGCCCCAGUCCGGGAGGAAGUUCUGCCGGGCGCUCUCCGCCGGUGCCUCCCUGGUUAUACUGUUAUACAGGAAACCUGGCAGCGCGGGAGCCGCGCGGUCGAGGAGGGAGCGCGGGAUGCCGAGCCCAUGCGCGCCUGCCGGGGCAAGUGGAGGCGAGGUCGGCGAGCGGUCGCCCCGAGGUCGGGGAAGGAGCCAUGGCCAGGUCCCCUUCUUAUCCAGCCCGAGACACUGCGCCCGGUGGGCGUUCCUGGGCUGGGAAUCCCUCUUGGAGUUUUUCCAGGCCCUGCCGAGCUGUGCGGGGAAAGGCCCUGGUGUGGGAGGUGGGCCCGGAGCGGGCGGGUCUGCAGUCCGCUCCGGUUCCGCGCAGCCUCUCCGGCUUGGCCCCUGGAAGCCUCGCCCGGGGCGAUGUUAGGGGCCUAA